GGCGGGACCUGGCCGUCCGGUUUAAAGUGUGUCUGAAGCCUCACUUGACGUCUAGUCUCUCUGUUGGGGUGUACGCGAUUGACCACUCCUUUGGGGCUUUUUUUCCUUGGAUAUCUAGGGGGGGAAAGCUAAUCCACAAUCAUGACUGAUGCGCAGCAAGAGGCCCGCUCCUACUUGAGCGAUGAAAUGCUGGCUGAGUUCAAGGCCGCCUUCGACAUGUUCGACACCGACGGAGGCGGUGACAUUAGCACCAAGGAGUUGGGAACCGUGAUGAGGAUGUUGGGACAAAACCCAACAAGAGAGGAGCUGGAUGAGAUCAUUGAGGAGGUGGAUGAGGACGGCAGCGGUACCAUCGACUUUGAGGAGUUCUUGGUCAUGAUGGUGAGGCUGCUCAAGGAGGACCAGGCCGGAAAAAGCGAGGAAGAGUUGGCGGAGUGCUUCCGUGUUUUCGACAAGAACGCCGAUGGCUACAUCGACAGGGAGGAAUUCUCCCUGAUCAUCCGCAGCUCCGGGGAGCCCAUCACAGAGGAUGAAAUUGACGAGCUGUUGAGGGAUGGGGACAAAAAUGGCGACGGCAUGCUGGACUUUGACGAAUUCCUCAAGAUGAUGGAGAAUGUGCAGUAAAAGCAGACAUACUCAUGGACAUUCCUCCUCACUCCUGUGAAUCCCACCACACCUCCGCCCAGUCAGAAUUCAUCUGACCCCCCCCCCCCUCACACUGUUCAAGCAUGAUCAAUUCGCUUUCCAUCCUCAGUCACCCUCAACAGAAAGAUUUAGCACCGUGAAGUGAAGACGGCGGGAGGGUCUUUCAUGGUUGGAAGCAAAGACUCUUUCGUGCAUGCAGACUGCUCAUUAAUGUUGUAUCAAGAGGAUGUCUGGAAAGGACUGCGGCUGAUCUCAUUCACAGACCCCUACCCGGGAUAACCCGCGCUGCCCCGCCACCUUUUCUUCAAGCUCUACUCUAGAUGUAGUCCAGAUAAAACAGCUACCUAUUACUUAGACCAAUUCAUUCAAAACCCCUUCACUGUACAAAGAAGUUACCUGCUUGAGUGGCAAGAAGAAUAAAUGAACUAACAACAGGCUCACUUGUAGUCCGUCAUAUUAACAGUCUGUAAAAAUGUUGUUUGAGGAAGAGCAAUAAAAUAAUAUUGUUUCUUCUCUUUGUCCACUCGCCAUUAGUGUCAUAAAAGUAUAAAUUCAAAGAUAGUUAAAUCUGGUUUGAUUUUCAAAAAAUUACACUUUUGAGUUUGAGCAGAAAAAUUGCAUGUAAAAUCUGAAUCCAAAUUGCUUUAUUGUCAUUGAUUGCACCACAAGGUGCAACGAAAUGGAACAGACAACCUGCCCAAGAGACAUUGGAAAAAAAUAAUGAGCAACAGGGAGAUACAAAACAUGAGUAUGCCGGGUUACAUUUAACAGCGCCCCGUUUUCAAAGAUGAAAAGAAAAAGGGGGAGGGAGACUGAGAUCAGACUAAGAUCUUGCUAAUGAGAGCACAGGAUGGAUUUGGGGGGG